UGUGAUUCUAUAUAUAAGCAUACCUGCAACUAAAGCAAUGGCACUAUAAAAUUCUCACUGUUACAUUGCCUUCUGCAAUGGAAACCCAUAUGCCCAUUAUGUCUUGAGCUUGUCUUUAUUUCUCUCUUUUCUUUUUCUUCUUUGAAAUUUUACCCUUUUCGACAUUCUGUUGUGAUCAUGGCCAAAAGUUGCAGAAUUACGGUGGUUUCUUCAAUUUUGUUUGCCAAUGUAAUUAGUUUAGCCAUGGCUUCUGUUGUGUCAGUUGGAGAUUUUAACAAGGACUUUUAUAUUACAUGUUCUCCAAAUCAUGUGAACACAUCAAAAGAUGAACAUGAGAGAAGCCUGAUCCUUGAUCAGUCAUCCGGCUCCGGUUUCGCCUCAAAUGACAUGUUCCUAUUCGGACAGAUAGACAUGCAAAUCAAGCUGGUUUCUGGCCAUUCAGCGGGCACAGUUGUUGCAUACUAUUUGACAUCGGAUCAACCAAACCGUGAUGAAUUGGACUUCGAAUUUUUGGGUAAUGUAACAGGGCAACCAUAUAUCUUGCAAACAAACAUUUUUGCAGAUGGGUUCGAUAAUAGAGAGGAGAGGAUGUAUCUAUGGUUUGACCCAACCAAGGAUUUCCACACUUACUCAAUCCUAUGGAAUCUUCAUCAGAUUGUUUUCAUGGUAGAUUGGGUUCCUAUCAGAGUGUAUAGGAACCAUGCAGACAAGGGGGUUCCCUUCCCUAGAAGGCAGCCUAUGAGCAUUAAGGCAAGUCUAUGGAAUGGGGAUAGUUGGGCAACAAGAGGUGGGCAUGACAAGAUAGAUUGGUCUAAGGGGCCUUUCAUUGCCUCAUUUAGGAAUUACAAGAUCGAUGCAUGUGUUUGGAGAGGGAAUGCAAGGUUUUGCAGGACAGAUAGUGAAACCAAUUGGUGGAACAAAGAGAGGUUUAGCACUCUCAAUUGGAGGCAAAGAAAGCUCUUCAAAUGGGCAAUAAAGUAUCACCUCAUUUACGAUUACUGCAAAGACAAUAAGAGAUUCAACAACAUUCUUCCUAAAGAGUGCUCUCUCCCCAAGUAUUGAUGCAUACAAGCCUAGGCAUAUUCAUAUUCUCCCCUCCUUUUUUUUUUCUUGUUUUGUUUUCCCAAUUAUUGGUUUUGUGUGUUGA